GUCUCAAACUAUGUCCAUAACAAAUUUCAUCUAAAUCGAUCCAGCGAUUUAUGCGUGAAAAGAGUGGUACAGCAAAAUCAUUCUCCGACCGUGGCGAUUUCCUGGGCCGUCUAUUAAAAACUAAAAAUGGUCCAGUAGUGGUCUUCCUCGAAUCCCCAAAUAGUGAUGAAAAUGGCGUUGUUACUGUGCAUAACAGAGCGAGAUAUAGCCAUCGUGACUAUUCCUACAAACCUGAACCUGGUGAAGAUGAAGCGUAUAUGUUGUACUCCGUUCUGAGGUCGGCACAAGAAACUGAAGAUCUGGAUGCCCAAGCGGACAAAAAAUUCGAGAAGACCAAACAAUUGCUGCGAUCGGCUUUCUCCCAACGAUGCUCGAGUCGAGCCAAAUGCGAAGAUAAAUGUCCACCUCCUCCAAAGAAGCAAGGCUGCCAACAUAAUUGUCAAGCGGUGUUUGAUGAGCUGAAUGCUUGCAAUGAAAAGCCGAAGGACACUUGCGAAAAAAAGAAGCCAGAACCUACAUGUGGAGGGAAAGGAAAGACGAUGCCUCCAAAAUGGCUGCUGCGGAUGCUGAGGAGUAGAGACAGAGACUAGAAAGGUGGCGACGAUUUGAUUCUGAUU